AUGGUGCAAACAAGUCCUAGCCCAUUUGAUGUGGGCCGUGCAUUCGUUCAUCAAUAUUAUACACUAUUACAUCAAGCUCCUCAAUUACUUCAUCGAUUUUAUUCAACGGAUAGUACAUUUAUUCAUGGUGGUGUCGAUCGUCCAGGUUCUAUUGAACGAACAGCAGUUGGUCCGGAUGAUAUAGCUCGACGAAUAAGUGAACUUAACUUACGAGAUUGUCAUGCAAAAAUUCGUCAAGUUGAUUCACAUCCAACAAUUGGUAAUGGUGUUGUCGUUCAAGUAACUGGUGAAUUAUCAAAUAAUGGUCAUCCAAUGCGUCGUUUUAUGCAAACAUUUGUAUUAGCACCACGGCAACCAAAAAAAUAUUACGUACAAAAUGAUAUAUUUCGUUAUCAAGAUGAAGUUUUUGAUGAUGUUUCUGAUGAAGAUGAUCGUUCAAGUUCACAAAAUUAUGGUGAUACGGAUAAGGUUUCAAAUGCUGAUUCAUCGGCUGCAAUGACCCAACAACCAUUAUUGGUUGCAGCUACAUCACGAGAUGCACCAGAAGAAGAACAGCCAGAACAACAACAACAGCAACAGCAACCAUUACCUCCUCGUGAAGUUAAUAAUCAGCAACAGGUUAUUUCAAAUCAACCUAUUCAACAACAAGAACCUCCAUUAAAUGGUCUUAAUGAAUCAGCUGAGUAUAAUGGACAGCAAGAACUCGUUCAAGAAAAUCAACAACAAACGAAACAAAUAACAACUGAAGGAACAUCAUAUGCUGGUGUUGCUAAAUUACAUCCAACAACUGGUUCAACAUCAAAUAUAAAUUCAACUGGUUCAGUUUCAAUGCCUCCACCACAACCAACAAAUACAAAUCGUUCAACUACUGUUAAAUCAGCAUCGAAUCGAACAAAUAAUCAACAACGAGGUAAUAGUAAUUAUUAUCCACAAAAUAGCCGUAAUAAUCAAUGGACUGGUAAUAAUCAACAAGAUCAAAGUCCAGGUCGUCGUCCAGGUUCUAAUAUGUCAACAGUAUCAAAUGAACAACAAGUAUUUGUUGGAUCAUUACCAUUACAAUUUACACGUAAUGAUUUAAUUGAUUGUUUUUCACAAUUUGGUCGUGUUCGUGAUGCAAAAAUUCAGAUGCCAAUACAUGAUAAUAAAAAAAAUUUUGGUUUUGUCUGUUUUGAUGAUCCAGAGGUUGCAUCAAAUGUUGUUAAAAUGGAACAUAUUCUGUAUAAUAAUGUUCGUUUAAAUGUUGAACCAAAAACACAAAGAAGUUAUCAAGGAAAUGCAAAUAAUGGACCACAAGGUAAUGCACGAAAUAAUAAUUAUCAAACAAGAGGUGGAGGAGGAGGUGUUAAUCGUGGUGGAAAUCGUGGACCUUUUCGUGGUAAUACAAGUAAUCAACGACGUGGUGGUGGUGGUGGUGGUGGUGGUGGUGGUCAACAUCUUAAUAAUUCACCAUCAUUUACAGGACAAGAUGAGAAUAAUAAAGCUCAAAAACAACAACAACAACAACAACAACAGCAGUAA